CUAGAGAUCAUUGAGCUCUAUGUUGCACGCUAAACGAUCCGCUGAAGGAAAGUCACAAGCGGUGCACAGCGUUGUAUUUGGACAACUAACUUAUACAAAUGGACGAGUUGUUAAGUUUGUUGUACAAAAAUGCAUACGAACAACAGUAAGUAUAUACUGAAUAACACGCUUUGAAACUGUAACCAUUUUGCUGCAAGCCGUAAAAUGAGCACGCAGGCGUCGGCAUCUGGAUCCGUCAAUGAAGCGAGAGGCAGAAGUGCUCAAGAUGUGGAAGACUCCAAAACACACUUCAGAGUCUGUCGGUUUAUCAUCGAGACUGGAGUGAAGUUAGGCAUGAGAUCUGUGCCCAUGGCUACAGCAUGUGUGCUGUAUCACAGGUUCUUCCAGUCUGCCAGUCUGCAGGUCUAUGAGCCUUACCUAGUGGCCAUGUCUGCCAUCUACCUCGCAGGCAAAGUAGAAGAGCAGCAUCUCAGGACAAGAGAUAUCAUCAAUGUCUGUCACAGGUAUUUUCACCCAGAGAGUGAACCGAUGGAACUGGAUGGGAAGUUUUGGGAGUUGAGGGACAGUAUAGUACAAUGUGAGCUCCUUGUCCUUCGACAGCUUAACUUCCAAGUGUCCUUUGAGCAUCCACAUAAGUACGUGCUGCACUACCUGCUCUCUGUGAGGAGUCUUUUGAAUCGCCACGCCUGGUCUCGAACCCCCAUCGCAGAGACGGCCCUGGCUGUAUUAAAAGACAGUUACCAUAGCUCUGUGUGUGUCCGCCAUAAGCCUCAACACCUUGCCUUCACCUCCCUCUAUCUUGCUCUCCAGACAUAUGGAGUGCAGCUCCCCAGAGGAGAACUGGAGUGGUGGCAGGUUGUUUGUGCAGACAUCACCAAGGCUCAGAUUGAGACCAUCAUGAGUGAAUUACUGCAGCUCUAUGACAUGGAGGCCAAGUGUACCUGAGAGACAAAGAAUGAAGCGG